UCAGAGGAACGGCGGGCUGUCGGCGGCGCCGGAGCGCACGAGACGCCCGCUACCCCGCGCUGGACGUGCGCGCGGCCCGUUUGGUCCUCGUGAGGCCAGAUAAGUGAAAGGAGGGAAGUAGGCAGAAGAGAGGAAGAAGCUGCGUUUUGGAGGUGCGGCGAGCGAAGACGUGCCCUGACCACUACUUAUACGACUUAUUUAUUUUUUUCUUUAAAAUGUCAGAGGUGUCUCCGCCGCGAUCUGUCCGGCGCAACUCGAGGCGCCCGUUCGGAGGAAUAAAAACCCCGAGCCGCUCCAAUGUAAAGGUCCGCUCCUGUAAAUUGUGACAAAGGCUUGUCAGCACUGAAAUGAGAAAUCGAUAUUGGGGAACGCGAGACGAUAUUCUUAUAGAAUCCCAACGACCCCCCGCGCACACCCUCCUUUUCAACGUGGGCUCUCUGUUUUUUUUUUUUUUUUUUUUUUCUUUUUUGCCUCUUUUUAAGGUGAGUGGUCGCGCACCUUGCAGCUUCAGCGGGAAGCCGUGCUGAUGGUGACAGAUUAUUAUUGUUGAGGGUUCAUGCGCGACUUUGGCUUGGAAACAUGUCUAGCCACUUCUCCGUGAGGAUCGCCGCUGUCAGAGAUGGCAUUCUGGUCCAGCACGUCGGCUUUCACCUCUAAAGUGCCUCGGAAGAUCCUGUUCAUGUUCACGCUGUCGCUCUCCGUUACUUACCUGUUCUACAGCCUCAUGAGCUGCUACAACUCGCUGCGCUUCCCGGUGCAGGAGAGCUAUGCGGAGCAGGGCAGGCUCGUGACGGAGGAGACCACCGUGGCGCUCAGAGACAAACUUUCCUCCUCCUCCACGUCCCGCGGCUACACGGCCGGGGACGCGCUCUAUAAGACCGCUACUGUGCAGACGGGCUACGUCGCCGUGCCCACCGCGGAGCGCGAGGGCGAGGGCGAGGGCGACCAUGUGGGCAGCGAUCGCAAGGACACCGAGUGGGUCGGCACGGCGAUCGCGCCCACCGAGGUGGCGGCGGCGGGGGGUCAGAACGCGGUGCUGGAAAGGGAGCACCAGGAGUCGAGCACCACGGACGAGGAGCUCAGCAGGAGGGGGAAUAGCACGCCGGAAUACGGGGAGAAGAAGCUGCCCCAAGCCAUCAUCAUCGGGGUGAAGAAAGGGGGCACCAGGGCUCUGCUGGAGGCUCUGCGAGUGCAUCCCGACGUCCGAGCGGUUGGUGUCGAGCCCCAUUUCUUUGACAGGAACUACGAGAAAGGACUGGACUGGUACAGGGACCUGAUGCCAUCAACACUGGAGGGGCAAAUUACCAUGGAGAAGACGCCCAGCUACUUUGUGACCAGUAGUGCCCCCAAACGCAUCCACUCCAUGGCGAAAGACACCAAACUCAUCAUUGUGGUCCGCAACCCUGUGACUAGAGCCAUAUCCGACUACACUCAGACACUGUCCAAGAGGCCUGAGAUCCCAACCUUCGAGGUGCUGGCUUUCAAGAACAGGACCCUGGGACUGAUUGAUGCCUCAUGGAGCGCCCUGAGAAUUGGAAUAUAUGCUCUGCACCUUGAGAGCUGGAUGCAGUACUUCCCACUCUCCCAGAUACACUUUGUCAGUGGAGAGAGGCUUAUCGUUGAUCCAGCGGGUGAGAUGGCCAAAGUGCAGGACUUUCUUGGACUCAAACGGAUUGUCACAGAUAAACAUUUCUAUUUCAAUAAAACCAAGGGAUUUCCAUGCCUGAAGAAACCGGAGGACAGCAGUGCCCCGCGGUGUCUUGGAAAGUCCAAGGGCAGAACUCAUCCUAAAAUAGACCCGGAUGUGAUACGCAGAUUACACAAAUUUUACAAGCCCUUUAACAUGAUGUUUUACCAAAUGACUGGGCAGAAUUUUGAGUGGGAACAGGAAGAGAAGCAGUGACUCUUUUCUCAGGCCUGCCAGAGGACUCCAGCACUUUUCACACUGCAGAGAAUCCUACUCACA